GACAUGGUUGUCUUGCCAACAAUAACCACAUCUUGGGUAUCAAUGUCAACAAACCAAAAUCCUCAAAAUCAAUGCAUUACAAAUAAAAGAAGGUUUAAGAUGUGUGAAAAACUCAAAAUUUAAAGUGUAGGUAGUAUUUUUAGAAAAGUUAAAAUGACGUUUUCGUUGUGGUGGAUUUUUACCUAUUAUUUCCGUUCGGUCAUAAAAUGGUUUUUAAGAAAAACAACAGGAUUGUGUGAACUGCAAAGGAUAUGCUAUGGUGAAAUACCUGGAGCCCCUAGGAUUAGAAAAGUUGAGUAUUCAUUGUUUAUGUCCAAGUCGCACCAAGUAAAGCAACUGAUACAGCACCUAAACAGCAUAUCAGACAAUAAUGGAUUCAUAGGCCCAAACGAGCCCGAAAUAUUAAACGGAGCUGUUAAAGUAGUGAUGUUAGUAAAGAAAAUUGAUCCUAAGAUACAUUUUCAAUUUGUUAAAAGCUUUGGAAAGUGUGUCGAACAAAUUUGGGGAUACAGGCAACUUAUUGCUGAAGCAGAACAAUUAAGAACUACGAAUUAUGAUUCUGAUGAUCCUGAACAUGAGGCGAAGCUGCAAAAUUUGUGGAUGAAGCUUAAACCUAACGAUAAAUUAGAAGGUCGAAUCACAAAACAAUGGCAGGAGAUUGGUUUCCAAGGAGAGGAUCCAAAAACUGAUUUUCGAGGAAUGGGGCUCUUAGGUUUAGAAAACUUAUUAUACUUCUCUACAGUAUACAGCUCAGCCGCUCAACACGUCUUAGGACAUUCCUACCACCCUGUAUACGGGUAUUGUUUUGCCAUUGUCGGCAUUAAUCUCACUAGUUUAGCUUGGACUUUGUUAAAAGAGGGCAGUGCAAAGACUUACAUAUAUAACAACUCUGCUGGUGCUCCUUCGAUUAAAUUGUUUCAUCAGUUUUAUAGCUACCUGUUUUAUGAGUUUGACAGGUUUUGGAUGGAUUGUAAGCCUAAAGACAUUAUGGAGUUUUCGAAUAUUAAAAAUAAGUUUGAGGAUAAUGUUAGGAUGAAUCUACAGGAUCCUACAGCAGAUUUUAGAAUAGGGGUUACAGUUGACAAUGUGUAAAUUGUUGUAUUUUUCUAGCGUCUUAAAGGUUUGUAUUAUUUAUUAUGAAAAUAUGGAUGCUGUGUUACUCAAUUUUACUAGUAAGUUUACAGGGUAUUUCUUAAUAUGUAUAAACAUAUUAUAGCCUACAUCACUUAACACACAAUAUUCUUCUCAUUGAUUAUCUGUUUGCAUUCCACAUCAAACCAAUUGUUUCAUCACCAACUUUGUUACUUCAUUUCCUUUUCUGUCUCUUAAAGCAGGGCUUUAAAUUAAAAGAUAAUAGAUCAACAUAAGACUGAAAUAGAAAGAGGAAUAUCUGGAUGACGAAUAUCACAAAAAAAUGUUGUCACUCAAAUAGCCAAACUAUUAGGCCAAGAGAUAAAAGAUAGAAUAAUAUUAUUAUAAAUUGGAAACCAGGGACAUAGAAGUUAAGAAGCAGACUAGAUGAAAUGGGUAGCUAAAUAACCUGUGAAAAAUGAUGCCACAAAUAUACAUAGCUCGAGAUAGACAACAAGAGUGGAACUUAUAGGAAAAGGAAAGAUCGAGGGAAGGAGACGACUAGGAAGGAAAAGACUAUCGUGGCUCAGAAACAUCCGGCAAUGGACAGGGCUAAAUUUGAACAGCUAGUAAGAACAGCUGAUACAGAGAAGAGUUUGCAAUUGUAGUAGCCGAACUCCAUUGAGGAGAGGGCACUUUAAGGAGAAGAAGUGGGAUACUCAAAGUCCAUUAUACAGCAUUUUUCUUACAUCUUCAAUGGAGCACAAGCUAAACACAAAAUUUUUCAUUUGAGUCUGUCAGUGACCAAGAUCUUUUUCAUUUAUUUCACCUCACAAUCAAUAAUUGUCUUGUUUCCUGACCUUUUCAGUAGAGCUCUUCUCCAAGUUUGUAUGAGAAUUCUUGUAUGUGUUUAAACAUACAUCUCCACUUCAUAGUAUGCUUUUUCUCAUGAGGAUCUUUCAGCGCGUCACAGUUUUUCGAUUUCUUUCUAACGCAUUAAAUUGCAUGUGACAGAAAAAAACGCACGUCGGUGAUUACAUUUCGUCGGUGACAUUUAUAACAUUUAUUCUAGUUGUCAAUAGAUGGCGCUAUAAUCGAAAAAAAUUAUUUACGAAUUAUAUAAUAUAUCUACGAAUAUAAUCUGUUCAAUUUAUAAGACUAUACAAAUCAAAGAAAAUACCUUUUUUUCUAUCAUUUGUGACGCACUGAAAAAUGCUCAUGAAAAGAAGCAUAUAUUUGAAAAUUUAAUCAUUUUAGAAAAAAUAAGUGAUGAGAACUUUUUUACUUUUGCCUUUUUUGUACAAAUAAUUUUCAUCCCUGUAGAUGAAAGUGUUUGAUUUUAUAUAUGUUACAGUUCAGGUUGAUUCUCAGUUAGAGUUGUCUAUUCCUAGUUCAAGUCAACUCGAACUAAAAUUAGCAGUAAGAGUUGAUUUGAAAAAUUUAACUCAACUUUUACUAGUUGAAGUGACCCUUCCUAACUCUUGUUAGUGAAAGUACAUCGUGGGAAAAAGAGAAUCAACACUUACUAGUUUGAGCUGACUAUUCUUAGAUCGAUUCAGUAAAUGUAGAAUCUCCCGUGUUUUUUUGAUGAGUGCACAUCUCUUUGUUUUGACUGUUUCAACUACACUUAUCACAAUUUGAACAUACUCAGUAACAUUUUAUUUCUAGAAUCGGUUGUUUGUGGUUAUGUUGUGAAAUAAUCAACUCUUACUAAAUGGCAUUGGGAAGAGUGUACUUUUUCUAGUUGGAGUCUACUUUUGCUAGGAAAUGUUAAAUAAAAAUCUUCAUUUUAUAUUUAAAAUCAACUUUUACUAACACUAGGAAUUUACUCUAACUAGGAAUAAUAGUCAACUCCAACUGGAUAAUCAACUUAAACUGUAACAUAUAUACUCUAUUUUCUUUUUAAGUUCGUUGUACAUCAUCAAUGAACUUUUUACCUUAUCUCACAACAACUAAUUGUCUAGAGAUUCACUAGCAAUAAUUUUAAAAAUAUUUUGAUUUAUACCUAUCAUAUUUUGAAUAAAAUAAUAUUUAUAAAAAUAUCAAAAUAUAUCAAAAAGGUUGGCACUCAAAAAAUAAUAAUUUACAUUAAGUUUCAUUUUAAAAAAUACUAUGGCAAUCAAGCUUUAACUUCUGGAGUGCGAAUAGGUGAAAAUGUCUUGGAUGACGUGCAAUAAACGUUAAAUAACAGUUUAUACUUUUUAAUUACAGAUCUGAUAUGGCACAGAUAUGUUAUUAAAAUAUUUUUCCGUCGACCGUCCAUUUAUGAUCAAUUUUAACACCCUCAAAAUCAUUUAUUAAUGACCCCUAUUAAUGAAUGAUUUUCUAUUAAUGAACGAUUUCAUUAUAGGCAACACAACAUACAUUGCUUGCAUAAAUUAAUUAAACGCUCUGUGAUUGGCAGUGACCUAUGGUGUAGGCAACAAAGCAUAUACCUAUUUAUAUUUCCACUAAAAAAUUUAAAAUCAAGUAGCCGCUGUUAGUACUAUCUGUCAUUGUAUGUCAUUCUUUACUUUAUUGUUUAAAAUUCUAUGUAUUUUAAAAAUCAAAAGAUGGAUAUAUCUUUAUUUCUGAAAAGUACGAUCGACGGAAAAGUUUUGUAACGACUCGUGAAUUAAAAUGGCGAUUAACAAUCUCGAACAAUAACGCGCUCACUCCGCUCACGCGUUAAAAUAUCUCAAUUGUUAAUCGCCCUAAUUAAUACACUUGUUGGUUAAAUAACUAUUAUACAUUUUUUAAAUUGAUUCUUUACUCUUCGCUGCAUUUUAGUGCAAAUAAGGUAACUACUGCUACAAUAAUAAUUUAAAUAUAUAAUUACGAUCACAUGAAUCGCUAUAAUUGCGACGUUUCUAUUAUAACACCAUCAUCAGACUAUUUCAAUGUUCUUAAAGCUUUAUUUAAGUUUCAUUCCUGUUUAUUUCCUUAAACAUUGUUCACUGAAGUGAAAAUUUUACACAAUUUUCCACUUAGGCACCCCACUGUCAUUCUGUAAGUGCUUGCAUGAGGUCCGAGAGACCACUACAUUUACAUCUCUACAGAUAAAAUUUAUACACCAUAAGACUGUCCUGCUUUAUUUUUUUAUUUAGCGUAUGGCUGACAUUACAGAAUAGCUGGUUAAAUUUACAUUUUUAUAAAUUAUAGACAUUAGACACAGAUGUCUCAAGUUUUGUCAAGUAUUUUAUUGACUCUUCAGUUGCCAUUACGAAGCCUACAGGGCUUAUAUUAUAUAGCCUGCAUAUGCACUGCGUGAGCAGUCUUUUACUAUGUACCUGAUCGUUUGUCUCGCAGCGCAGCAAUUGCAAAAAGGCGAAGGAAGUUUACCCCAUCAGUAAAUGGAAUCGGCGUGUCUCCUCUAGUGUAGAAGCCACAGUUAGAAUGCAGUGCAGGUAGCGAGGGUAGCAUAGAGCAAUGUAUUUCUUACCGGAAAACGGCCGACCACGUUGCCAGUUUGACCCGAGCGGUGCAUUAGGACCGGAUUUAAGAACCAUAGCCCUGGAAUAUUGGGACCGUGCAAGUUCGGCAAAGCGACACCUAUUUCUACGCUCUGCAACUUUAUUCGCACUUUUAAUGAUAUUGGCCAAUUAUAUUAGUCCUGGUUACUGGAUAAUUGUCAAGGCCAUAGUCCAAAAAAAAAUAAUAAGAAGAAAAAAUAAGAUUCAGGUUAUGUUAUUAAAACGUAAACAAUUGUAUGUAGCAAAUAAAAUUAGUUAUUAAAAUGCAGUACUGCAAGCAAAAUACAAUUAAUUAAAUUUACCUUUAUAUAAUAAUUGCAUAUCAUAUCAAUAUUGUGGAGCAACAUAUAAUUUUUCUUCUUCAAUGACAUUAGAUAUGAAAUGUACGUCAAUUUGACAAUUUCAGUUGACAAUAUGAAUUAUUUAAGAAAGUUGCAAUAUUUCUCCGCUAUUCGCGCACGAUCGUUUCUCUGGCCUUUACUAUAGUUUGUUUCGAUUAAAGAUUACCCAACUCCGACUCCAUUCAAAAUUCUAUUUCAGUAAUCUUGGAUAUGAUGCAGUCGUUAAAAUUGGUUUCUUUACUGGUUUAUCAAGUCUCGCUUACUUUACGAUCUUUACUAAUUGGUCAUCAUCAUCAUCAUCUUGGUGCUACAGCCCUUAGAGGGCCUCGACCUUCUCAAGCUUUCUACGCCAUUCUGUUCUGUCCCUUGCUUGCAUUUUCCAGUUGCCGACUCCGAUCUUCUCAGGAUCUUGUGUUACCCCCUCCAUCCACCUCAGCUUUGGUCUAUCCCGUCUCCUCAUUCUCACGGGUUGUGCUGUUAGAAUCUUUUUUAUCAUGUUCGAUUCAGGGGCCCGGACUACAUGCCCUGCCCACUGCAGGCGGUUUCGCUUAAUUAUAGUGAUAAUAUCUUUUCCACCAAACGUAUGCUUGUAGAUAUUCCGCAGUUCAAAGUUAUAUCUACGCCUCCAUAUUCCGUUCUCACAGACCGCUCCGAAUAUCUUACGUAGCACCUUUCUUUCAAAAAUCGAUAGAGCGGGUUCAUCUGUUUUAGUUAGCGUCCAUGCCUCUGAUCCAUAUGUGAGAACGGGGACUAUCAAUGUUAUACACAGCCUUAUACGAGUUUUUUGAGACAGACGUUUGUUAGCUAAGUACUUUGAUAGACUAUGAUAACACCUGUUUGCAAUUAUUAUUCGUCUUUUUAUUUCCCCUGAUGUGUUAUUAUUGGGGUUAACCGAUGUCCCUAGAUAUAUGAACUCUUUGACCGCUUCGAAGUUUUGGUCAUUGAUGAUUAGAUCUGCGUCAACAUUUCCAGCUCUUGUGUUUGUGUUAGAAUUUGAUUUUAUUUCGAUUUAUAUGUAACCCCAUUGGUUAGGCUGCUGCUACUAGCUCGGUUAGGAUUUCCGCAGUUCUCGCUCUGGUUCUUGUUAUAAUGUCCACGUCCUGCAUAUGCUAGAAUUUGGACAGAUCUAUUGAAUAUUGUUCCUCUGCUAUCUAUAUUAGCGUCUCGUACGACCUUUUCUAAUGCUACAUUAAAAAGUUAACACGCCAGCGCAUCUCCCUGCCUUAACCCCCUAUGUAUUUCAAAUGGGGUUGACGAGCCGUUUUGAAUUGUUGAUGUCAUCUUCGCCAUUGUCACUUUUAUCAUACAAAUGAGUUUUUUGGAAUUCCUAACUCAUUCAUAGCGUUGUAGUGUAGAGACUUGGUCUUAAGACACUGUCAUAUGCAGCUUUAAAAUCGACAAAAAUAUGGUACAAAUCUAUGUUAAACUCUUACGCUUUUUCCAGGAUCUGUCUUAGUGUAAAGAUCUGGUUAAUGGUUGAACGUCCACGCCUGAAUCCUGCCUGAUAUUCUCCUAAAAACGUUUCGGUAUAAGGCUUCAAUCUCUCGUGCAAAAUGUUUGACAAUAUCUUGUAUGCUGUAUUUAGGAGAGUUAUUCCGCGGUAAUUAUUGCAUUCCAGUUGGUUUCCCUUUUUGUGUAACGGGCAUAUUAAGCCUAAGCUCCAUUCUUCAGGCAUUUGCUCCUCAGACCAAAUUUUACAAACAAUUUCUCGGAUCACCUUGGUGAGCUGCUCUCCACCGUGCUUAAAUAACUCUGCUGGGAUGCCAUCGCUGCCUGGGGAUUUGUGGUUUCUUAGUUUUUCUAUAGAUAUUUUCACUUCUUCUACCGAGGGGGGUUCCACGUGUUCCUCAUUUCGGUAUUCCAGCUUUAUAUUGUUAGUAGGUUCCCCUUCCAGCAACUUUCGAAAGUGCCCUACCCAUCGUAACAGGAUAUCUAUCCUCUUUGUUGUUAAGUAAGUUACCUUCCUUAUCAUUACAAUAGUUGAUUCUCGGUUUGAAUUCUUUUCUAAUAAUAUUUAAGGACCGGAUUUAAGAAUCAUAGCCCUGGAAUAUACGCGCAGACAACAAUUGCCUACGGUUGUAUACACGCACCUAUGACUGUGCCGACAUGAGCGGCAUCCAUGCGCGCCGUAAGACUAAUACAUGCUAAUACUGCAUACUAACUCUGGCUUUUACCGACUUUUUAUCUGUGUUUCGAUUAAAGAUUACCCAACUCCGACUCCAUUCAAAAUUCUAAUUCAGUAGUCUUGGAUAUGACGCAGUCGUUAAAAUUGAUUUCUUUACUGGUUUAUCAAGUCUUGCUUACAUUACGAUUUUUACUAAUUGGUCCGUGACCAUAUUAUAGAAGAAGAGGUUAAGGCAGUAGCCUUGGAAGAUGCCUGAUAUCCGGAGACGGAUUUGCGUCAGUGUGUGUAUGUGUAUGUGAAGCUUUUUUGACUUUUACGUUUUCUUUGGGUGUCUUGCUUUCUUAACUAAAAACUAAUUUACUUCUUUGUAAUACUGAUUGAUUUAAAAUAUGGCAGGUUCUUAAAUAAUAAAAGAUUGUCUAUUUUUAUCACUGAAAUGAUAUGUUUUGCACUAAAACGCAUAUUGAAUUAUUUAUUUUUCUAAAGAUCAGGGAUUAUUUUUGUAUGCAGCUGAUGUUGAUUAUAUUUUUUUAUUUUAAAUAUUUUUAACGAAUCGAGAACUAGUCUUUUAUAAAGCAAUAUAUCUUUUAGAUUUUAUUUUCGAAAUAUAAUUUAUUUAUUUUC